AUGGCGUCUGUCACUGAAGCCCUUCAAGGCAGGGGCAUGCCCAAGAUCGAAACCAUUCAGAACGGGCCCAUCUCCGGUCUUCUUUCAUAUGGCUCCCUGCUUCUGGUCUCCAGUGUCGUCGUGGUUGUCCUGAUCGCCAACAUCCUCGAGAGAUGGCUUCUUCACAUGGUCUACGGAGAAGUCUACAAGACAUUGGAGCGCCCUGAGAACGAGAAGCGCCGUCGAUCGUUCACAUACUACCAUGUCGGCGCAAUCAUCAUGUUCGCUCUCUUGUGCAUCGGCAUCUACCCCGUCAUGCACUUCUUGACUGGAACCGCUGGAUUGGGGACCCCGGUGGUCCAGGGACAUCGUCUUCGAAUCGGCGAUAUGCUCUUCACCGUCUCUCAGGUCUACAGCGCCUACUACGUCUUCGAGCUCUGCUUCCGCACUCAAUUCGCCAGUCCUCUCAGUAUCGCGCAUCAUAUUGGCCUCUUGGCCAUCACACAGACUGCCCUGUCUCUGUUUGGCAACUUCGUAGAGCAUCCAGAGGCAACGAUCGAGUUUUACAUGUGCAUGGUUUGGGGCGCCUUUGACGUGGUGGUCGAGCUCCCCAUCUACGUGUCCAUGAUCCUCUGGAGGGUAAGACGUAAGGACCAUCGUCUCCUCUCUUACCUGGCGUACGGCUGUUUCGGUUGGAUCCUUCUCGGAGCCAUCCUGGAAACCUCGAUCACGAUUUACCUGUUGCACCGUUCCUGGGACCGAUGGGGACGGGUAUGGCGAGUCGUUACUCCCCUGAUCUUCUCCCUAUGGAUCACAACUCAACUUUACGGCGCAUCAAGACUCUUCCAGAUGGCGCGAUCCGAGCAGCGAAAAUUCCUCAAUGGCACAAAGCAGCAAGGAGUAGUCGAGCCUAUCUCCGAACUUCCGGGCUCGGCCGUCGAUGGAGAAAUACCUACAGCGGAGGAAGAAUCGAAGAGUAAAGCGGUCUGA